UUACAGACGCUGAAUGGAUGGAGCUUCGGAAGGAGGUAUACAGUAUACGAAUAAAUUUUUCUGGCAUCAACGUAACAUCGAUUUGAUUGGAAAUGGAGCCUUUGGAAGGGUUCACAAAGGUCGAAACCAGGAAACAGGUGAAUUUGUAGCGAUCAAAACGUGCAAUAAAUUCAAUACUCAGCAACAUGUUCGUGAAAUUGAAAUUUUACAACAGUUAAAUUCUCCGUAUAUCGUCAAAUUUAUUGCGUCUGAUACGAUUGAUCCAAAGAACAUGAAUGAAGCCCAACAAAUGGUACUAGUCAUGGAAUUGGCUGAUGGUAGUGUACGCGAUGAAUUGAAAAAAUUGGAAAAUAUGUUUGGUCUAUCGUAUCAAAUUUUGUUGCAGUUAAUCGAUCAUCUUGAAAAAGGAUUGUCGUAUUUGAACUCCAAGAAGAUUGCACAUCGAGAUGUAAAACCGGAAAACGUAUUAAUUUUCAAUAAAUCUGAAAGGAUGAUCUUCAAAUUAUGUGAUUUUGGUGGUUCAAGAUUUCUUACCGAUAAUUUUCAACCGUUGCAUUCCAUUUGUGGUACACCAGGAUACCUUAAUGAAUAUUCGACAGCCAAUUUAGCACGAAAAACAACGGCGUUGUCAUAUACGAAAGAUGAAUGUGAUCUAUGGUCAGUAGGUUGUACCUUAUUCGAAUGUGCAACUGGUAUUUUACCUUUUGUACCAGCAAAAGGACCAGCAGAUACGCUUGGAAUGCAUAAUAUGAUGAUUAGUCGACCAUCAGAUGCUAUAUUCGGUAGGGCAAGUGAAACGGGUCAAUUUUUAUGGCAGAAAGAUUUUCCAAAUGGACGUUGUUUAUACCCCAAAAGUUUUCGUCGGAUUCUCGGUGAAUUUAUUCGACGUCUUUUUGAUAGACGUGAAGCAACUCGUCUAACGUUCAAUGAAUUUGAUGAAAUGUGUAAAGAGUUGUUAAACUUGAAACGAAUGCGUGUUUUUAAGAUGAACAUUAUGUGUUUGGAGGAGUAUUUUGAUACUUCAGCCGUUGAUCAUUUCGAGAGGUCCUACUUUGAUGUUUAUAUGAAGGUUGAUACGCCACCCCAUGAUCUGAUUUGUCUAUUAACACUUCCAGCUGGUUCCGCGGUUGUCUAUAAAUCACCUCCAUUUCCUGUGGGCUUGAUCGAUCGCUGUUCUGAUGUUAUUGUUAUGGGACUCCAAAAUAAUGAAAAUUAUACUUUGCCGAUCAAAUUACCGGAACUUGUCGUGCAUUCACCGUUUCCGUUAUGUAAUCGUGAGCCAACCUUUCAUGAGAUGAAGCUUGCGGCUGCGAGUACGUUAAGUGUGGAACGACAGACAUAUAAAUUACAGGAUACAAUACCGGAUGUUAUUCGAAUUUUGCGUGCAGUACAUUUGAAAUUAUUAAAGGAAGCUGAAAUUCUAACGCAUGAUUGCAAUUUUGCAAACCGUUUAGCGAAACAACUACGUUUACUUUCGAAAGCAAUUGCACUGAACAAAGAAACAGCUGAGGAGCGGAAAGCGGUUGAAAAUAAUUCACUUUCGGUUGUACGAGAAUUGAAUUUUAUCAGAGAGGCAGUGCAAUGGAUAUGUAAUACAUUGCAACAAAUUGAUGUACGUUUUGCUGUUAUUGAGUCGAAACAUAUUGCAAAAGAGCCAUCACUGAAAGUUGAACUUGAAGCAGUUGUGAAACUUCGAACUUUUCCACCAUGUAAUAAUGCUUCAGAAAACGUUUUACAAAUGGAGACGGAUAGGAAAUAUUUGUUGAAUUCUUAUGAAAAAAUGGUCAGAAAUUAUGAUGAGAAAUUGAAGCAACUUUGUGAUAUUUUCAUGGAACCUUUACAAAUGUUAGCUAGAGAUAUGUUUGAUUUGUCGCAUAAACUUUUUAAAACAAAAAAACAGCUAGACGAAACUCUGCAGUUGAUUGCUAUCACUGAGCAAACCAAUGAGUGUCGUCUGGAAGCUACUGAAAUAGCAAGUGGAAAUUCAUGCAACGCUAAUUCGAAUUCGAUGAUCAGAAAUGAUCUUUCUUCAAUAUUGAAAGAAUUCGAACUGCAUGCAAGGCAGCAGAAAAUCAAUGCGGCAACUUCUUUGGCUUUAACGAAACAAUGGCUUCUCGAUAUGACAGAUUAAGCAGAAUAUGAAUUUCUCCAAUUUGGAUAUCAAUUUCAUGUGUGAACUGGAAGAACUUUAAAUCCGC